CGAAUUUCGGUAAAUUAAUUUGGGGGAGAUUAGUAGUAAUUAAUUACUUGAAAAAGAAUAAAAAGAAGAAAACACCGACUGAUCCUGUUGGGAGAAACCGACGAAAAAUCUAGGUGCUGGCAAAGAUUCCUUCACAGUCCUUUGCUGUGUUUCAUUUUUAUGUUUCUUUCAUUCCCUCUUCUUCUACAUUCUUGAACUAAAAUCAUUGAUUUUAAUCUCUCUUUUCUUUUCUAAAGUUUUGAUAUAAUACUUACUCGAGAAAACAACCAGUUCACUCUUUCUUUCUAUCACUAUCAACACACACCACACACACCUUCUCCUCUUCCUCUUUUUUCCUUCAAUUUUUUUUUAAAAGAAUUAGUGAUGGGUUGUGCAAGUUCCAAGCUGGACGAUCUCCCAGCCGUUGCUCUUUGCCGUGAACGCUGCGGUUUCCUAGAAGCGGCGAUUCAGCAGCGUUACCUGUUAGCGGAAUCACACGUGGCGUACACUCACUCGCUUAAAGGAAUAGGACACUCACUCCAUCUCUUCAUUAACCACCACCACAGUCACGUCGAUUCUCCAACACUCAACCUCCCUCCUCAACGAAAAGGCGACCCUCAAGAAGAAAACAAAGAAGUAGAAAACAACUCCCCUAAUAAGAAAGCAGAGCUACCUUCUUCUCACCAUCCGGGUUCGGGUACUGAUUCGGGUCAUCUCGAGUCCGACUCGGACUCUGACUCCCAUUUGGAUUCGGACCACUCUCCUCACCAUCUCGGCAAUUUUGAGACCGGGCCUUCUUACACGGAAGUACAACAACCGGGUUAUACCCGGUACCCGAACCCGGAAACGAUGGGUCACCAUCUUCCUCCUCCUCCUUAUACGCACAUGAACUACAUGAAGAACAGUUCGAUGCCUCCUUCAAUCAUCUACGAGCAAAGACCAAGUAGUCCUCAAAGAGUCUUCAUAGGCGAAUCAUAUUACGGAUACUCAAGUUCCGGAUCCGGACCCGGAUACUACUACGGUUCAUCAACUGAUGCUCCAGCUUCGAAACCGCCUCCACCUCCUCCGUCGCCGCCUAGGUCCAACGGGUGGGAUUUUCUGAACCCGUUUGAUACUUACUAUCCUCGGUACACUCCGAGUCGAGACUCUAAUGAGCUUAGAGAGGAAGAAGGUAUACCGGAGCUGGAGGACGACGAUUCACAUCACGAGGUUGUUGUUAAGGAAGUUCACGGUCGUGGUGAUAAUAAUCAGCCCACUCCUUCUGUUGUUUACAGUGAAGAGUCUUCCGAGUCUCCGUCUCUGUCUCCGCGUCUGUCUGUUGAUAAAUCAGGCGCUAGCACUAGUGGUGGAGAUGCGGCUAUGUAUCAGACUAGACCGAGCGUGUCGAUGGAGGAGAAGAAAGGGGUUGAGUACGAAGUGCACGUUGUCGAGAAGACGGUUGUUGAAGAGGGUGGAAACGAGAGCAAUGCCACGGCGGCACGUGGCUGUGGUGGAGGGCCACGUGCGGUGCCUGAGGUUGCGAAAGAGAUUGAGAGUCAGUUCGUGAGAGCCGCGGAGUCGGGAAGUGAGAUCGCUAAGUUGCUUGAAGUCGGGAAGCAUCUUUACGGUCGGAAACAUGCUUCUUCGAAGUUGUUGCACGUGUCUACUGAUGUUGCCGAGCCGCCGCAAACGUAUGAAGACAUCGAAGAGGAGCUUGCUUCAAGGUCAAGGAACCUUUCUUCGACCUUGCACGAACUCCAUCUCUGGGAGAAGAAGCUUUACCAAGAAGUGAAGGCUGAGGAAAAAUUGCGUGUAGCUCACGAGAAGAAGGUGAGGAAGCUAAAACGUUUGGACGAAAGAGGUGCUGAAGCUAGCAAAGUGGAUACAACAAGGAAACUAGUAAGAGACAUGAACACAAAGAUACGGAUUGCGAUUCAGGUUGUGGAUAAAAUAUCCGUGACGAUUAAUAAGAUUAGAGAUGACGACCUAUGGCCGCAACUCAACGCAUUGAUCCAAGGGCUUACAAGAAUGUGGAAAGAGAUGCUUGAGUGUCAUCGAAGUCAGUGUCAGGCUAUAAAGGAAGCUAGAGGGUUAGGGUCUAUUAGAGCUAGCAAGAAGCUAGGUGAUGAACAUCUUGAAGCAACUAGUUUGCUUGGUCAUGAGCUUAUAAACUGGGUAUUAGGAUUCUCUAGCUGGGUUAGUGCGCAGAAAGGUUAUGUAACAGAGCUGAAUAAAUGGCUUACGAAGUGUCUUCUCUAUGAACCUGAGGAAGCAGCCGAUGGUAUCGCUCCUUUUUCGCCUGGUAGGCUUGGAGCUCCACCGAUCUUUGUGAUAUGUAACCAGUGGUCUCAAGCUCUGGACAUGAUCUCUGAGAAGGAAGUGAUUGAGGCAAUGCGUGGUUUCACCACGAGCGUGCUUCAGAUUUGGGAGCAAGAUCGGUUAGAGACUACGUUGAUGGGGCGGGAGAAGGUUAGGGACAUGGACCGGGAAGAGCAGAGGAUACACAGGGAGAUUCAAGCACUGGAGAAGAAAAUGGUUCUGGUUGCACCUGGUGGUGAUAGCCUUUUGGUGUCUGGUAACGUUGUAUACCAGAGUGAUACUAGUAACGAUAGUUUACAAGGUAGUUUGCAGAGGAUUUUCGAAGCUAUGGAGAGGUUCACUGAUGAGUGUAUGAGAGCUUAUGAUGAUCUCUUGGUGCGUGCUGAAGAAGAAACUGCUCCGAGAGAAGUUGAGGAAAGUGAAGAGGGAUGAUAAGCAACACUGGAGGAUUAUAUUUGAUGAGUAUUGACAUGAUCUAUGUGUUUCCUGAUCUUGCAAUGGUGGAACCAACCAGAAUCAUCUGCGUCUUCAUUCUGAGCCUCAUGCAAGAAGAGGUUCCCCAUCAGGAUGAUGAUGAUCUAAGAGAAGGCAGAAUUGUAAAGAGAUGGCCAGUUCUUCGGUUAAGAGAGUGCAAAUUGGCUUUGAACCGGAUGGUUAACGUAAACCACAUAUGACGCAUGUUGCAUAUAUUAGUUGAGUUCUGAUAAUUUUUAUAUUCAGGCAAUGUACAUUAGACGGACGUUUAGGACUGAACUUUUGAUGAUUCUCAGCAAUUAUUUUUGUAGAAUCCGAAUGUAACUCAGGAACGUCUCUCUUUCUUUUGAUCUC